AUGUCAGGAACACUACGUGGGUUUGCUAUCACCUUACUGUUUCAAGCGGUUAAAGUAUAUGCCAAAGGAAGCUCUCUUGAUGACGAUGAUGAUAUACUACCUUCUCCGGGAGACGAAACGCCUCCCGGCGGAGUAGAUCCUGGAGAGGGCAACAAUCCAGUUACUGACGAAAUUUUCUCAUCGUGGGCCCUGUUCAUCAUGUUGUUUUUGUUGAUAUCUGCUUUAUGGUCGAGUUAUUUUUUGGCUCAGAGACGGAUUAAGGCGGUGCAUGAAACAGUGCUAUCCAUUUUUUACGGGAUGGUAGUAGGUUUGAUUAUCAGACUUUCCCCGGGUCACUAUAUCCAAGAUGCAGUAACCUUUAAUUCUUCCUAUUUCUUCAAUGUUCUGUUACCCCCCAUCAUUUUAAAUUCGGGUUACGAACUUAAUCAGGCUAAGUUCUUUAAUAAUAUUCUGUCAAUUUUGAUAUUCGCCAUUCCAGGAACUUUUAUAUCUGCAGUUGUGGUUGGUGUAAUCCUGUAUUUUUGGACUUCAUUGGGGUUGGAAAGCGUGGACAUAUCUUUUGUCGAUGCACUUUCUGUAGGGGCUACUUUGUCGGCCACAGAUCCCGUUACCAUUUUGUCCAUCUUCAACGCUUACAAGGUCGAUUCCACGCUAUACACCAUCAUUUUUGGCGAGUCGCUUCUUAAUGAUGCCAUUUCCAUUGUCAUGUUUGAAACUUGUCAAAAGUUUCAUGGAAAACCAGCAACAUUUUCCUCUGUUUUUGAAGGUAUAGGUCUGUUUUUGAUGACGUUCACAGUUUCUUUGUUAAUUGGUAUGAUGAUUGGUAUUUUGGUGGCACUGAUUCUGAAGCAUUCACUGAUAAGACGCUUUCCUAGAAUCGAAAGUUGCCUGGUGUUGCUCAUCGCUUAUCAGUCAUACUUCUUCUCCAAUGGUUGCCAUAUGUCUGGAAUCGUAUCCUUGUUGUUCUGUGGGAUCACGUUAAAGCAUUAUGCUUACUAUAAUAUGUCGAGAAGAACGCAGAUCGCGAUAAAAUACAUUUUCCAACUAUUAGCACAACUGUCGGAGAAUUUUAUCUUCAUUUACUUAGGCCUUUCACUUUUCACCGAAGUUAAAUUGGUGUAUAAGCCUCUGCUUAUCAUUAUUACUUCUAUAUCUAUCUGUGUGGCUCGUUGGUGCGCAGUUUUCCCUCUUUCGAACUUUGUGAACUGGUUUUACCGAAUGAAAGAUUGGAGAUCAUUGAGAGCAAUGGGCGCGCAGUAUAGUGAACUUACUCAUGAUGAAAUUCCAUAUAAUUAUCAGAUGAUGAUUUUCUGGGCUGGAUUAAGGGGUGCUGUCGGUGUAGCUUUGGCUACGGGCAUCCAAGGCGAAUUUAAGUUCACAUUACUGGCUACCGUGUUAGUGGUGGUAGUAUUGACGGUUAUCAUAUUUGGAGGCACCACAGCUGGUAUGAUUGAUGUGUUAGGGAUCUUUACCGGCUUAGUUGAUGAUGAUGAGAGUGAUGACGAAUUUGAUAUCGAGAUGCAUCGAUCUCAAGAUAAUCUCAACCCAAAUUUUAUAUUUUAUGGUGCUGAUCCACGCAGCGCCGAUCCACGCAGCGCCGAUCUACGCAGUGCCGAGGACCUCACCACUGACUUUCCUGCCAUUGCCAAGCACCAAAAUAGCCCGCCUGUUGAGCAACCGCAAGCAUCCAGCCAGCCAUUAGAAAGACAGCAUCUCAAAGAAACACUCAGCUCUAUAUUUACUUCAGAUUCUAAGUGGUUCACAAAUUUGGAUGAACAUCUCUUAAAGCCAGUAUUCUUGGAAAAUCCAAGUAGCUCGCCGGGGCAAGGAAAGAAAAGCGGUUCUGAGACUCCAAAUUUUUUGGGAAGCAGAAGGUAG